AUGUCUUCUACUGAUGAUCCAAUCAUCAUCGAAGCUACAAAAGCUUUAGAUGAUUACAAAAAAAGAGAUCUAUCAAAAGUGGUCGUACGUUUCAAAGCAACUGGUGCUGCACCGAUCAUGAAGCAAAACUUUUACAAGAUCACUGCUUCUAAUCGGUUUCAGACGGUCAUUGCUUUCUUACGUAAAGAAUUAGGUCUUAAACCUUCAGAUUCAGUCUUUCUUUACAUCAAUUCUUCUUUUUCUCCUGCGCCUGAUGAUACAGUCGUGAACUUAUUUAAAUGUUUCUCAACUGAUGGACAUUUGAUUGUAAACUAUAGUUCUACAGCGGCUUGGGGUUAA